AUGGUCCAGAACUCGUCCCGCGACUUCGACAUCGCCAUCGUCGGCGGCGGCAUCGCUGGAGCCACCCUCGCCGUCGGCCUCGUGUGUGCCAACAUCCCCGUCACGCUCUACGAGUCGGCCAAGGCAUUCGGCGAAAUCGGCGCCGGCGUCGCACUCGCCGCCAACGCAGCUCGGGCCAUGGAGCUGCUGGCGCCCGACGUCAAGCGCGGCUUCGACCGCGUCGGCACCUUCAACCUCUCGACGGCCAAGAAGAACGUCUGGUUCGACUUCCGCAAGGGCGUCGGCACCCAGGGCAGCGGCGUGGACGAAGGCGCCGGGGAGCUCAUCACCAGCGUCGAGACGCCCGCAGGCUCGGCCUACGUGCACCGUGCCCACUUCCUCGACGAGAUGGUCAAGCUCAUCCCCGAGGGCGUCGCCAAGUUCGGCAAGCGCCUGCAAGACAUCGAGACGCUCGCCGACGGCAACGUCAAGCUCAAGUUCGUGGACGGCUCGGAGGCCGUGCACAGCGCCGUGGUGGGCUGCGACGGCGUCAAGUCGCGCACGCGCAAGGUGGUCCUGGGCGAGAACGACCCGGCCGCCAACGCCGUCUUCUCGGGCAAGUACGUCUACCGCGGCCUCAUCCCGAUGGACAAGGCCGCCGCGCUGCUGGGCGACGAGAUGGCGCGCAACAGCCAAAUGUACUUCGGAUACCACGGCCACGUGCUCACGUUCCCCAUCCAGCAUGGCGACGUCAUGAACGUGGUGGCGUUCGCCAGCAAGGACGAGUGGAAGGACCCCAACUGGGUCGUGGGCACCACCAAGGAGGACCUGGCCAAGGACUUCGCCGGCUUCUCCACGCACGUGCGCGACAUCAUCUCCAUGAUGGAGAACACGGACAUCUGGGCGCUGUUCCACCACCUGCCGGCGCGCACCUACACGCGCGGCAACAUGCUCGUGAUCGGCGACGCAGCCCACGCCACGACGCCCAACCACGGGUCGGGCGCGGCCAUGGCCAUCGAGGACGCGUACGUGCUGUCGUGUCUGCUGGCCGACGUGCAGCACGCGUCGGAGCUGAGGGCGGCCUUCCAGGCCUUCGAGAAGGUGCGGCUGUACCGCACGCAGAAGGUGGUGGCCACAAGCCACGAGGCCGGCCAGCUCUACGACUUCGAGCUGCCCGGCUACGAGGACGACGUGGACAAGAUCGCCGACAACUUGCAGAAGCGCAUGCGCUGGAUCUGGGAGGAGGACCUGGAGCAAGAGGUGGCGGACGCCAAGCUGUUCUACGCGGCCAUCGCCAAGUAG